CCUCGCGCAUUCUCUCGCGAUAUCCGCGCGGCUCGGAGAGGAGAGGAGCCACGGCUGCAAUCACAAUGUUGCGUCCCUGGUAGCCGACAGUCGCCUUUCUUCGGCGGAGCUCGGUGAGGAGUGAGCCCGUCUGAGCCGAGGCCUCGCACUACGGUUCGUUGCAGCGGUGUCUGGAAGGGACGCACCUUGUUUGGUUUACAGAUGAUGAGCCUCUGCUGUCUCUGCGUUUUCCUGGGGUGGAAGUACAGUCUUCAGCGUUAAUUUGUGUGAGCGAUGUUCUCCGUAUUGGCCUCUGGCAGCUGACAGCCCCAAAUCUGUAUGAAGUGACCUAUGGAUGGAAGAGGCCAGGUGACUUCUGAUUGGCUACGAUGAGCUUCCUGUCGGAGUCCCUCUGUUGAAUGGAUUUGGGUCUGCCAUAAACAUGCGUUGCCUGGCGGCCCGGGUCAACUACAAGACCCUGAUCGUGAUCUGUGCCCUCUUCACCUUGGUCACAAUCCUGCUGUGGAACAAAUGCUCCAGUGACACCACACUUGCUGCGGCGCCCAGGCCUCCGCCAGCCAGCACCCCCAAGGGAGACCGCAGUCCCCAGCAGCCCCAGCCUCCAGAGCCCCCGCCCGUUGUGGGUGGGCUCAAAUACGAGGAGAUCGACUGCCUGAUCAACGAUGACGUCACCAUCAAGGGCCGGCGGGAGGCCAACGACGUCUAUCUCCCCUUCAGCUGGCUGGAGAAGUACUUCGAGGUCUAUGGAAAGGUGGUGCAAUAUGACGGCUACGACCGCUUUGAGUUCUCCCACAGCUACUCCAAGGUCUACGCCCAACGAGAGCCCUACCACCCUGACGGGGUCUUCAUGUCCUUCGAGGGCUACAACGUGGAAGUGCGCGACCGAGUCAAGUGCAUCAGCGGAAUUGAAGGUGUACCUGUGUCAACGCAGUGGGGCCCUCAGGGUUACUUCUACGCCAUCCAGAUCGCACAGUACGGCUUGAGCCACUACAGUAAGAACCUCACAGAGCGGCCGCCCCAUGUGGAGCUGUACGACGCGGCGGAGGAGCGGGACGGCCCCCCCUCGGCCUGGACGGUGUCCCGGGGGUGCUCCCUCAGCCGUAGCUACGACAAGACCCGCGCCACCAUGGUGCGGCAGUUCAGCGCCCCAGAGAAUUCCGAGGGAAUCUCUCUGCCUCUGGGGAACUCGAAAGACUUCAUCAUCUCCUUCGACCUCAAGUUCACAUCCAACGGCAGCAUCUCAGUGGUACUGGAGACCACAGAGAAGAACCCCCCGUUUGUCAUCCACUAUGUCACCAGCAGCCAGCUCAUCACCUUCAAGGAUCGGGACAUCACCUACGGUCUGGGUCCACGGACAGCCUGGAGUACCGUCACCCGGGACCUGCUGACAGAUCUGCGCAAGGGUGUGGGGCUCUCCAAUACCAAGGCAGUGAAGGCCACCAAGAUCCUGCCCCGCCGUGUGCUCCGGCUGGUGCUCCACGGACGAGGCUUCAUUGACAACAUCACCAUCUCCACCACCGCCCACACCGCCGCCUUUUUCGCCGCCAGCGAUUGGCUGGUGCGUAACCAGGACGACCGCGGCGGCUGGCCCAUCAUGGUCACGCGCAAACUGGGUGAAGGCUUCCGCCCACUAGAGCCCGGCUGGUACUCGGCCAUGGCCCAGGGCCAGGCUAUGUCCACGCUGGUGCGUGCCUACCUGCUCACCAAGGAGCCAGCGUACCUGAACGCAGCCCUGCGUGCCACCGGCCCCUACAAGCUGCCCUCGGAGCAGCACGGCGUUAAGGCCGUCUUCAUGAACAAGUACGACUGGUACGAGGAAUAUCCCACUACACCCGGCUCCUUCGUCCUGAACGGCUUCAUCUACUCGCUGAUCGGCCUGUACGAUCUGGCCGAGACGGCCGGCGACAAGCUGGGCCGCGAGGCCGGUGUACUCUUCAGCCGCGGUAUGGAGUCCCUCAAGGCUAUGCUGCCCCUCUACGACACGGGCUCCGGAACCAUCUAUGACCUGCGGCACUUCAUGCUGGGCUCCGCCCCCAACCUGGCCCGCUGGGACUAUCACACUACGCACAUCAAUCAGCUGCAGCUGCUUGCCUCCGUCGACAACUCGCCUGUCUUCAAGGACUUCGUCAAGCGCUGGAAGAGCUAUCUGAAGGGAGGCAGGGCCAAGCACAACUAGAGCAGCCGACCAAAGCCCAGCUCCAGGACCCAGCACACCCCCCCCAGGGCGGGGGUAGGAGCAGGCGAGGUCAGGCAGAAACACGGCCCGCUUCAGUCGCCAGACCCGAGACGGCACUGACCGCCAUCGCUGUCUUCGUUUGCUACCAAGGUGGCGAGUGGCCGGUCUCGUCUUCUCCGAGCUGGCAGUCAUUAACGAACUACUAACACAGCUUCAGGGAGUAUGUCUGUGUUGUGUGGAAUGGAGCAGAAAUUGUUUUCCUUACUUGACUCCUGAGCAUUAGAUCCUGAUGUCUGCAGGACAUUGAGGGGAAACUGGGUAAAUCUGCAGAGAAAUUGGAAAACCAGGUUCAGGCGGAAUGGCGCUGAAGAGGGUUGGCAUCCAGCCCUGUGACGGUCAAGCAUUUCUUCCAGUAUAGUUUAUCCCUUUUCUUUUCUGUAUUUUUUUUUUUUUUUGUUAAAAUUGUUUCAUCUGUCUCUGAAAUUGGUGUCCAGUAUGUUUGGGAUGCUUAAACUGUCCAAUGUAGAGCAUAAUGGGCGACAGGCGUGACAUGGGUCGUCUGAUACCUUCUCUAAACCCAAAGACACAAGUAUAAAGAAAUGACUUCACCUUAGGUCAGAAUGUCAGAACACUUAUUGCUGAUGUCCUCAUCAGCUGAACGCUCUGCUGUUGUCACGCCUGGGCUUGUGCCGAUGGUGGCUGCCUACUUUCUACCCCCCUCCCCACUCAGGUAUUUCACAUGAUGGGGGCGGGGCUUAGUUCUGUUGCACAUUCAAAUCACUCAAACCCAGAUCUUCCUAAACAAUCAUCUUUGACUAAGGGGAAGAGCACCCAUUUGUGUCUUCCCCUGUUCAAGAGAAGUCGCUAGAAUGUCGGAGCUUGUCUUAAAUUCCUCCUGAAGAAGUCCCUCCCCCCAACAUCACGAUCCACUUUGGCCACACCCACCCCACAUCCCUACAAGCUCCGCCCACACCCUUCUCUCUGUGGUUGUUAGUUCUACUCAGCAGAGGCGUGAUGGCCUGUUUGCUUGGGUGGUUGGCUGUGUUUUCUGCAGCAUGGCGGCCCGGCCUUCGCCUAGACAGUCCUGCACAGUGCUGUAGCUCUGCGGUUCCGCAUUUAAAUUAGGACAUUAGACGAAAUAGCGACUCUGCUUCCUGAAAUGGAAUGCCGAUCAUCUUUCGGUAUUCCCAGAGUGAGGAGAUGUGAGGAGAGGAUGAGAGCAAUUAUCUUAAAUCGGAAAAAUGCGUUGCUCUUCCCAUGGGAUCAUUUAGCUUGUAAUCCUCUAGGCUGGCAGGUGUUCCACGCAUAUCGCCGUGCACAACGUGACGGAUCUCUUGCUUUGCACACCAGGGAAAAUAAGGGAAAACAUUAGUGUUGCAGAUGAGUGAAUUAUUGUCCUCAUAUGUGUGUCCAAAGGGAUGAUUUUUAGAGCUUUCUGGAAUGCUCCUUCAUAUAUUACCUGCACUUUAUGCCGGUUUGCGAAAUGCUUACGUUUUAUUGGGUGUUUCUGUCCCCCUUUGUUUUGCAGAGAUGCAUUGCAGAGCUCAUGUGUGAGAUUUCACAAGACAAAAUCAUGUUUUGUCUAAGUGGGCUGCUGAUGCGUAGGUGUCAUUAUGCUUUACCAGAGCACAAUGGGAAGGUCUGCGCCUGCUUAACAAGCACGCAGCCGGGAGGCCUGCGCCUGCUUAACAAGCGCGCAGCCGGGAGGCCUGCGCCUGCUUAACAAGCGCGCAGCCGGGAGGUCUGCGCCUGCUUAACAAGCGCGCAGCCGGCAGGUCCUUAGUCUGCAAAGGUUUCCUGGCACAGGGACCUGAUUUGCAGGAAGAGUUAAUGACAGUCUCUCUCUCUCUCUCUGCGCAUAGGCUGCAAGUAUGGGCUAAACCUAAUUAAUCGUUUGGCUGUUCUACUGACACAUGCCGCAGUCCACUCCUGGAGGUACUGUUAAUUCCUGUGGUUAAUACACUUAAGACAAUUAAACGCAGUCUUGCGCUGUGAUUGGUUCCACAGAUUCAACCAAUCACAUACGUGUGAAAGGCAGGCAGAUAUCAGUGACAUCUUUUGCUAUUUGCCAACCAUCCCAUUACCUUGGAUGUAGGAGUUGAGGAAGCUCGCAGUCAGUGGCUGCAUGUGUUUUAAUGUUGUGUGACACUGAGUCUGAGGCAUCUUGCACUGUAACCCCAUAUGUGGGGGUUACCUCUGACUCGGGAGUUUUCAAUCCCAGAUGACCUGUACAGUACAGAAAUGCAACAGGAGCAUCAGCUCUUUCCCCCAGUUCCUGUGUGCCCCGCCUGCCCACCUGCUGUGGUCUUCAGUCCAGGUGCCCAGCCAGACAUGAGGUGACAGAUGACACCCUGCGUCUCCCUCCGGACAGAGCCUGCCACAUGUGCGCCGGGUGGUCGUGUCCAGCAUCAUCGUUUUCUCAUUUUGCACUUGCCGCAUCACCGAACUGAGAGCAGUAACUGGCUUCCAAAAGGGGGGGAUGCUGUAGUCUCUGGUUUCGAACUGUACAUAGAGCUCAUGCGCUGUUCAUACCAAAGUCUUUAAAGGGUUUUUCGGAAGAGCUUUCAUUGGUUUUGCAGAGAGAAUGAAACGCAGCUGCAAUAUAACUGUCUAGGACUGAUCUCCAUGAAGCCCUUGUUCUGUAAAUGUAGAAAUGGAGACGUCAAUUUUGAGGACGAUAAUGAGGAUUCUGAAGGUGGGCGAGUCGCUUUCCUUCAGAAGAAUAGAAGCAAAACGGCCGGUCUGAGUUUUAAUUGUUCAGAUUCAGUUUCUAUAGUGUAGUGCUUGAAAUGCAAUGAGCAGGAAAAAAUAUAUUUUUUGCAGUCAAGGGGAUGCGUGCAACUGUACAGCUAACGUUAGAAAUCAGUGAUGUUGUAAAAGGAAAGCAGGCUCUUUAAAAAUAAAGAAAUCUCAGUGAGUCGCUUUUUCCUUAAAUUAUGAAAUCAUUUGCUUAGGACAAGCUGUUUGUUGAAGUUAAGAGCACAAAAGCACAACUGUAGUGUCAUUGGUUAAUUUAUCCUUUUCAUUGUGUGCAUUAUUUCCCUGGACGAUGUGCAAGGCCUUCCCUUGAAAGCUGCUAUUGUUGUUCAUGGUGUAAUUGACAAUUGUGUGGUACUCGUUACCCUCCCCUCCCACUAUCCUGUAAUCUGACAUGUGCAGCUCGAGUCACAUGUGACAUAUGCAAUAACGUGUUUACUGUGUUUCCUGUUGCCAGGGACAUCCAGAGAGGUUGUAUAGACUUUCAAUUGAAGCACAAUGUGCACAUGCUACCAUUUUUUUAAAUGCAGAAAGUGUUUAUAUUAAAAAAAAAAUAGUCAAUCUUUGUGCUCAGAAUUGCUUUUUAAAGUUGUAAAAUAAAAGGCAUUUUUUCUUA